AUGGAGAGUUGGAGAACAAAGAUUUUACAAUCUGCCAAUGUUGGUGAUUCCUCUGCUUUUCUUAGUUAUGCAGGUGAAACCUUGACAUUAACCAAGGAUCAUAGACUAUCUGAUCCAGAGGAACAACAAAGAAUAAGAGAUGAUGGAAUGGUUCUGGUGGUGCCCUCGUUUUAG